AUGGCUACAACUACUUUUCAAGAACGCAUCUCUUUGGCAAAAAUCGCAGAUAAUAGCGAUUCAGUCGUCGCAUUCGAGUCCUUCGACUUGCCUCCCACAAACCAGCGUGUGUUGGACUACCCUCAUCCAUCUGGGACCGCGAUCCCGCUUGCUCUUCGGCCUUCUCAUGACAUCACUUCGCUGGACAGUGUCAUUUCCACCGUGCAAACACUCCAACGAGAUAAUACCCUGACCAAACUGUUGGCAAAGCACGGCGCUCUCUUAUUCCGGGACCUUCCAAUUCGCGACGCCACCGAAUUCAGCAGAUUUGCGCAUGCGUUUGGCUACGCACCGCAUGAAAUCAUCGGUAUUGUUGUCGAUCGGCCACUUCUCGCGCCCAACGUCGCCCCCGCCAACGAGGCUCCGAAAGAAGUGCAAAUCUACAACCACAACGAAUCUCCUCAAGUACCGCACGCCCCGGAAUACAUCUUCUUCUACUCCCACAAAGCCCCCGAGAGAGGUGGUGAGACUCCUAUUUCGUCUAGCUUGGAGCUUUUCCAUCGCGCCCGGGCCGAAAUUCCUGAGUUCGUCGGGCAGCUCACUGCCAAGGGCAUUCUCAGCAAAGUCACAUACAAAACAACCAAGCAAAAUGCGGGGGGGUCUACGAUGAGGCAGGCAUUUGGCAAGGAGGUCCGAGACGGUGAUGAUGAGGCGACGGCGCGCAAGAAGAUUGAGGCACAGAUCCUGCGAUACGGACGCGGCGAGCACACAACGUGGGAGUGGAUUGACUUUGACGACGGCAAAGGACUGAGGCUCACACAUCGCUUGCCCGUGAUUCGAACGCAGCCAGGAACCAACCUCCCCACACUCUUUACUGGACUGGCUGCGUAUUACAAGAAUCUUGUCAACUCGCGGGACGAAAGUGGAUCGGGUAGAAAGAAUGUCGCUGAGCAACUCUUUGGCGAUGGAACCCCUAUUCCCGAGAAAUUUUUAGCCCAUCUGGUAAAGAUCACCGAGGAGAUCCGAGUCCUUCACAAAUGGCAGCGGGGUGAUGUCCUAGUGUUCGAUAAUAUCAUCGCCCAGCACGGACGAGAGCCUUGGACAGGAGAACAAUCUGAUCGAGUGGUUUUGGCUAGCCUUUUUGACGGCGAGAGCUUGCCUGGUGCAUAUGGAUUUGGGAGCUGGGCAAAAGUAGUGCAGGCGGCGACAAAUUAG